GCCGUCUCACAAAAGAGAGAGGCCUCGGAGAAAAUAACACGAAGCCACUGCACGCAAAGACGUCGUGCUUGCUACCCUCUGCGAAUUCCCAAGGCCCCCAGGUCGGCUGCCUGGUUAGCAAGGAAGGAAGGAAGGCAGGCAGGCUGGAAACGGGCAGGAUAUUUGGUGGUGCGCACGGUGUGAGCCAGCAGCGAGCGACUCGGCACGGCAUCGGCAGGGAGGGAGCCGGUGAACCACCUGUCCUCCAUCCGGAAUCCCGUAGAGGUUUCGCCGGCCCCGGCCUGCACGACUCCGCACUAGCUGUUUCCCGCCCCCACCAUCCUGCCGGCGCUCGCGCCCUCGGCGGUGGCGGCGAAUGAUGAUCCCUAGAGAGCCGCGGCGGCCAGAGCUCCCGUCCGACUCCUGAUCCCGACUCCCCCGCCGAUCGCAGCCGCAGUGUCCAGACUAGAGGAUGGAGAGUCCUCAAAUCGAGAUGGGGGGUUCCAAGGUCAACAGCCCACAAGUGCCGAACGGCGGCCUGAGGCCAAGCAUGGCUGGGUCCUGGAACUCGCAGAGGACUGUUGAGAGGGCGCUCAAGAGUAUCAGGAUCGUCAUUUUCACCUCCAAGCUCAACUUGCUGCUGACGUUCGGGCCUGCGUCCAUCAUUCUCCACUUCACCUCUAGGAGGCAUGGAUUGGUUUUCCUUUUCAGCAUGCUAGGAAUAACACCUUUAGCAGAGCGUUUGGGUUAUGCAACUGAGCAGCUUGCGAUAUACACUGGUCCAACAGUUGGGGGCCUUCUGAAUGCUACGUUUGGAAAUGCAACCGAGAUGAUAAUUGCAAUGUAUGCUUUGAAAAAUGGAAUGAUUCGAGUAGUGCAGCAGUCACUAUUGGGUUCCAUAUUAUCAAAUAUGCUGUUGGUUAUGGGCUGUGCUUUCUUUGCUGGUGGUAUUGUUCAUCGCAAUAAAGACCAAGUCUUCAGUAAGGCAACUGCAGCUGUCAACUCAGGUUUACUGUUGAUGGCUGUCAUGGGAUUGAUGUUUCCUGCUGUACUUCAUUUCACACAUUCAGAAGUGCGGCAAGGAGCAUCCGAGGUUGCUCUUUCAAGGUUCAGUAGUUGCAUUAUGCUCGUGGCAUACGCAAGCUAUCUCUAUUUCCAACUGAGUGGACGGAGCAGCAUCUACAGUCCAAUUGGCAGUGAAGAGGUGCCUAAUGAGGAUGCCACAGAAGAAGAUGAAGAAGCUGAAAUUGGCAUGUGGGAGGCCAUUACAUGGCUUGCAGUGCUAACACUGUGGGUGUCCGUCCUUUCUGAAUACCUAGUUAAUGCCAUUGAGGGAGCAUCCGAUUCGUUGAACCUACCAGUGGCUUUUAUCAGUGUUAUUUUGCUUCCUAUUGUGGGCAAUGCAGCUGAACAUGCUAGCGCAAUAAUGUUUGCCAUGAAAGAUAAGCUUGACAUAACGCUAGGUGUUGCAAUUGGUUCAUCAACACAGAUAUCAAUGUUUGUGAUUCCAUUUUGUGUUGUUAUUGGUUGGAUGAUGGGACAAAAGAUGGACUUGAAUUUUCAACUAUUUGAAACAGCAACUCUCUUCAUAACCGUACUUGUGGUGGCAUUUAUGCUACAGGAUGGCACUGCGAACUACUUGAAAGGACUUAUGCUGAUCCUGUGUUAUCUGAUAGUUGCUGCCAGUUUCUUUGUUCACGUUGAUCCACAAUCCAGUGAUGACUGAUGCCACAAACGCUGUAAGUAGUGUACCAAAAUACCUUUGAAGACUUGUUAAUCCUGUUUUGUUGAGGGGCUCCAUAGCAAAGCUCAGCCUACGUAAAGUAGCAUGUUGACGCAAGGACACGGGAACAUCACGCAUCGUCGGUUCCUUCAUGAAUUGCAGCAGAAAUUCUUGUAUUGUGUUGUGUGCAUACUGAGGCUGAGGGGGUACUAGGGGUAGUCACAAUGUAUACAGAAAAAAGAAAGGCGUCCAUGUAAGCCUGUUAUAUUCGAUUAAUUGAGUGAACGCGGCCCUUUUCCUUUUUUCCUCAGGUUUAUUUAUUGGGUCGCAAAUGCUAUGUAUAUUUAUGAUUAUAGCUGGGAAUGGAUUCGUGUUGUCAA